CUUCCUUCAUGCCAUUGCCUGAGGAAAGGCAGGAGAGAGGGAGUGGUACAGGAAGGAGAAAAUGAUCCCAGGUUCAGAGAUCUUUUCUAUCACACUGUUUCCCAUCUGGAGAUAGGACAUCAGCUUGUCUGGUCAGAGACAUCUCUUUCUCCUCACUCCUCAUUUUGGUGGAACAGCAGGACCCACACAGCACUUGAGAAUACUGAUGAUCAUGGGAUCCAGGACAGGCUGGGACAGUUGAGAUGUCACUUCACAUGGGGGCUGCUAUUUGAAGACAAUGAAAUGCCAGAUUUAGAAAGCAGGGUCUUGGAAGAGAUUGAGUUCCUAGACACCAAAUACAAUGUGGGGAUAUACAACCUCCUGGCUUAUGUGAAGCACCUGAAAGGCCAGGAUGAGGAAGCCCUGCAGACCCUGAGAGAAGCUGAAGACUUGAUCCAGAGGGAGCACGCAGACCAGGCAGACAUGAGAAGCCUGGUGACCUGGGGCAACUAUGCCUGGGUGUAUCACCACAUGGGCAGAUGGGCAGAAGCCCAGGUUUACCUGGACAAGGUGGAGAACACUUGCAAGAAGUUGGCAAGUCCCUCCCGCUACAGGCUGGAGUCUCCUGAGAUGGACUGUGAGGAAGGAUGGGCCUUGCUGAAGUGUGGAGGACAGUAUUACAAGCGGGCCAAAGCCUGCUUUGAGAAGGCUCUGGCAGUGGAGCCUGAAAACCCUGAAUUCAGCAUGGGGUUCGCCAUCACCGCCCACCGCCUAAAUUACAUUAAUGAAGAUGUAAUUUCUCUAGACCCCCUAAGGAAGGCUGUCAGGCUCAACCCAGAAGAUACAUACAUUAAGGUUCUCCUUGCCCUGAAGCUCCAAGAUAUAGGACAGGAAGCUGAGGGAGAACACUACAUUGAGGAAGCUCUGAACAACAUGUCCUCCCAGACCUAUGUCUUUCAAUAUGCAAGCAAAUUUUACCGCAAAAAAGGCUGUGUGGAUAGAGCUAUUCAGCUCCUUCAGAAGGCCUUGGAGGCAAGACCCAAUUCUGCUUAUCUGCAUUAUCAGAUAGGGCUAUGCUACAGGGCAAAAAUGCUUCAAGUGAAGAAUGCUACAAAUAUGAACCCUAGAAGGAAAGAAAGAGAAAAUGUGGACACAUUGGUUCAACAAGCUAUAAAUGAAUUUCAAGAGACUCUAAGACUCAGGCCAACAUUAGAGAUGGCUUAUGUUUACCUGGCUGAAAUGUAUGCAGAAAUAGGCCAGUACAGAGAGGCAGAGGAGAAUUUUCAGAAAGCAUUAUGCAUGGACAACAUUGCUGACCACAUGCAGCAAGACAUUCAUUACCACUAUGGCCGUUUCCAACAAUUUCACAUGAGAUCCGAAGACAAAGCCAUCACCCAUUAUUUAAAAGGUCUAAAGAUAGAGGAAAUGUCCUUUGCCAGGGAAAGACUUAUAAGUGCCUUAGAAAAACUGGCCAAUAGUCGUGUUCGCCGGAAUAUAUGUGUUGUGGAGAGUGUCAGCCUCCUGGGGCUCAGCCACAAAUUGAAAGGGGAAGUGAAGGAGGCCCUGCUGUGCUAUGAGAGGGCUCUGAGGCUCACUGCUCAGCUGAACGCCAUGUUUUGAAGGAAGGGGCACCGUUUCCCCUUUAAUCCACUCAUAACUCAAUAGAACAACAAGCUUUCCUACUUGCUGCCUCCAAAAAUGUGUACCUGAUGAAAUAAAAAGUAGAUGGAGACGACACAUGCUGUCUCUCCUGCCUGCCUGGCCCUGCCUUCUCCCUGCUUCCUUGGUGUCGAGGCCAGGAGCAUCCAUCCUUCCUUGCAUCCCUGCACUCGGUGGCCGUGGAUGGUUUUCCUGUAUAAGCACCAAGCAGCUGCUGGACCCACAAGGAUCCUUUUCCUAAUGACUGUGCCCUGGACGUGAACAGCGUCCACCCUCAGUGUAGCUGGUGUCCUGGACAAUGGAGAAUUCAACAGAAAGGGUUACUUUUUAUGUGGCCACGUACCCAGAGACACCACAAGGCACUUCAAGAUCUAAGAUCAAGACAAAUGAGCAAAGAGAAGAAUUAAAAAGGAAAGGCCUUCAGGAGUUUACUAUAUCAUUGCAGUCCAGAGGCCCAACUGCCCAGGCCCCUCUGUAGACAAGACCUACUGGUCAGUGGCACCUCCUACCACCUUCUCAUCAUUUCACCCUUUCAUUUACAUGUUUCCAGCUACUGGUAAUUACAAGGAGCUACGUGAUCCAAACACAGAGCUAGGAAUUUAUUCCAAGCUACAAUGACUUGAUGUUUUAGGGAAAGAAUAUGGAAGUCUAAAAGCUGUUAGAACAAAUUUAAAAAAAUAUUUAAAUACCUGAUAAAAGCCUGGGUUAGAGGACUUUCCUAAUCUCUGUGAGGUCAGUUCAAGAGAUGUUUACAUACUACAUGUAGGUAACCUAUUUGAACAAAAAUCAGUAUUCUGGAGAAUAAAUGCAUGUAAGAAAAAUAAUCUGUUUGGGGUGUGCAAGCUCAAAAUGACAUAAAUAGGUUCAUACAGUUUUAAAGUGUUUAUUGGUUGGUGUGUAAUAUCAUCUUUUUUGGCUGACAUAAAAAUAUUCAGUAAAAUUGGUUAAGAGCACCAAUUCUUUGAGUGACUUUCUCAAACAAUGUGUAUUCUCUGUGUAGAAAGAGAAAACUAUAAAACUAGCAAAGGCAGUCAUGCAAAUUCAAAUACACCAAGUCUUUAGAAAAUACAGGGAAGGUAUUCACUUUUGAGGACAUGGGAUUGGAAGCCUGACUUAUGUGACCUGGAACCCUGAGGGAUGUUGACCAAAAAUGGGGACUGGGAGGAGGAAUGUACUUGGUUGUGGCAUAUACUUGACACUUGGGGAACCCACAAGUGACAUCUUUUCAAUUUUGUUCAUACUUAACCAAGAGCAUAUUUAGUAAAUUAAGCCAGAGGAAACUACUAGAGCAGGAAUAUUGUCUUUCAUUGUGGGGGAAUAAAAAGUAUGACUUGGGCUCAUAAGGCCUCUGAAUUUCUUACCAUGAAUGUUGCAGAACAGCUUGAAAGGGGAGAUUUGCCUCUGCUCAUGGAAUUAACCUAAAUGAGAACUCUGAGUCACAUCUUUGCUCAUUGGAAGAUACACACAAUAUGCUUUUGCUUGUCACUCUAGACAGCUCUUGGUUUGGCUCAGUUUUAUAGUUGUUGGUCAAGUGAAGGCCAUUGUUCCUGAGCCACUGGCUGGUUUUGGCAAAAAGGUGAUUGGGAUUUAUAUCCCCUUGGCUGAAUUCAUCACAAAUAUAAUAAAGUUACUCAGCUAGUUGGUAAGUUGUCAGAAAAUUAGAUUUCAAUGCACCAAAUUUACUCAUCAGUUAAUAAUCAAACAUUCCCAGCACUCCAGGUACUGGAAGCAAAAUCUGUUUCCUAGCAACUGAAUGUACUUAUUAGAGUUUUUGAGUUUCUACAAGUGCGUAUGCAUGUAUGUGCGUCUAUGUGCAUGCAUGCACAUGUGAGGAUGGGCUCGGGGUAGCAAAAGGUAAGUCCUCCAAAAAGCUGUUUUUAAAACUUCAGCUCUCAGAAAAAUAAGAGGCUCUUGAUAAGGCACAAUGGGUUGGUCAGCUGAAAGUUUUGUAAGUCUGCUUUCUCAUAGCUCCUAUAUGCAAUAUGCAGCAGAGAAGAACAGGGAAGCCAAGAGUAUUGAAGAAUGCUUAGCUCUCUGCUUAUACUAAAAUGAAGACUAUGGAAGAAUACAUUAAACUUUGUAAUGUUUCCCUGUAGGGAAGGGUGUGGAAAAGAAAGAGGGACUGCAGUAAAAGAUAGACUUCUCCGUAUCUGCUUUUGGAAGCAUGUCAAUGUUGUACCAAAUUCGUAUUUUAUUUUAUUUUUUAAAUUAUUUUUAUAUAUAUAUUUUUUGCGGUGCUGGGGAUUUGAACCCAGGGCCUUGUGUUUAUGAGGCAAGCAAGCACUCUACCCAACUGAGCUAUAUCCCCAGCCCUCAAAUUCAUAUUUUAAAAAGCCAUCUACAUAUGUAUGCUAUUCUUUAAAACGUUUUAACAAUUAAUUAUGCUGAAAAACAUUAUGCUGAUUGCUUUCUUAUCCAAUAACAAAGAAAAGGAGAAAUUGAUGGAUAGAUAGAGAAAUGAGUGGAUUAAUAGAUAUGCAAUAAACAUAAAAAAUGUAAAAUGUAGAAUCUAGGUGUGUGAGUGUUCAUUGCAGAAUUCUCUCCGUGUUUCUGUUUAACAAUGAGUAUUAUAC